UCUCAGAAUUGGUGUGCAAAAUGUAACGCGUCCUUCCGUAUGACAAGUGAUCUAGUCUACCACAUGAGAUCUCAUCAUAAACGAGAGAUCGAUCCAGUAAAACGGAAACGUGAAUCUUAUAAACUGAAAUGUGACGUAUGUAAUGAAGUUUUUAAAGAGCGACAUCAUCUAACGCGUCACAUGACGUCACAU